ACCGGCCCAAACAUCAGACCGGCCCACCAGGAAUUGUCCCGGGCCUGAACUGAGGCACUGUCAGUGGUGAAGGAGAAACUGACAGUUCUGGAUAGUGUUGAUUUAGAUCCAAUGAGAAGAAUCUCUGUUUUGUCACUGUUUAGUUUUAAGAGGUUGAGGUGAACUAGGAUUUUAUUUCAGACAGGUACUUGGUGAGGGAGGAAGGUGGGAGUGUGGAGUUGGGUUUACUGGAUUGGUAGGUGUCAUCUGUAACAAGGAAAAUUAAUGUUGUAUUUACGGAAGAUUUUGUCAAGGGAAAGGAGGUAGAUGAUGAACAGAAGGGACCCCAGGAAAGAGCCCUGGGGAACACCUGAAGAGACGGGGGAGGGCUGGGAACAUAAGGACUUGAGUUGGAUGAACUGAGUGUGUCCUGAGAGAUAUGAAUGAAAAAAGUUCAGUGGUCCAGUGAUGCCAAUGGAGGACAGUCUAUUGAGGAAGAUGGAAUAAUAGAUUGUGAGAGAUUGUGUCAAAAGCCACAUUCAGAUCAAGGAGUAUGUGAAUGGUAAGGAAUCCAUAAUGAGGUGCUAGGCUUCUAUGUGUUUUCCAUCUGCAUACCUCCUCUUAUUUGAUGUAAAUUUCAGCCGACACUUAAGCUCCUUUCACUGCUUUUACUUAAAUGAAGAUUAUAUAUUUUAGAUUAUACGUUAGCUAAUUUAAAACCAGCUUUAACUUCUGUACUCAGCACUUAAUCAGCACUUAACACUUUAUCUUCCCCCAGCUGAGCAGUUACACUUUAACUCAUGUCAACAAUUCAGUUUUUAAACCAUUUAAUCAACUUUUUCCUGUUUUUCCUUUAAUAUGUUUAUCAUUGACUUCAGACAUUACUGCCAAGUCACAAAUACAUCUCCUAAACUCCUUCUAGUUUCAGCUACAAUAAACAGAGUCACACCAGGUUUAUUAGCACCAACAGAGUUUAUAAUGUCCUUCAGAGAGGUACUGGAAGCUGUAAAUGUGGGUGUGUGUUUUAAGCAACAACAGCCUCACAAGCAGCCAAACAAAGCAAAGUGUUCGGUGUUGUUGUUACCACCUGCGGACAGGUAGAGGAGGCGGAGGAAUAAAAGCCAACCCACAUGUAGAUGAGAGUUUACAGCCCAACUUUGUCCCUCAUCUCUGUACUAACCUGAAUACCAGUGUGCCAAAGUUCAGAGCUCACAACUCAGGACAAUAGCAGAAAGAAGACACUGGACUAGAUGUUCUCGGGCAGCUUCAUCUUUCACAUUUUGUUUGUUAUCCUGAGACGAGUGAAUAUCUGAGACUAUUCAGGGAAGCAGCACUGCAGGAUCUCAUCUGUUGGCAAUGCUAUAAAGGAAAACCUGACAUUUAGAAAUCAGUUUUAAUUGAUCGGAGCAACAUGGCCAACAAGAAGUCUGAGGUCCAGAGGCGGAUCGUGUCCAAGGACGGCCACAACAACGUACGGAUCGACAAUGUGGAGGGAAUGGUCAAACUGUACCUCCACGACAUCUGGACCACCGUGGUGGACAUGAAGUGGCGCUACAAACUCACCCUGUUUGCCUCCACCUUCGUCAUGACCUGGUUCAUCUUCGGGGUCUUCUUCUACUUCAUCGGAAUGGGUAACGGAGACUACGAGCCCGGUCUGAGCUCCAACCACACCCCCUGUGUGACCAAUGUCCAGACGCUGACCGGAGCCUUCCUGUUCUCUCUGGAGUCCCAGACCACCAUCGGUUAUGGUUUCCGUUACAUCUCGGAAGAGUGUCCUCUGGCUAUCUUCACCCUGGUGGCUCAGCUCGUCAUCACCGGCCUGGCUGAGAUCUUUGUCACUGGCGCCUUUCUGGCCAAACUGGCUCGGCCCAAGAAGCGAGCGGAGACCAUCAAGUUCAGUCAGCUGGCGGUGAUCUGCCGCCGCCAGGGGAAGCUGUGUCUGAUGGUGAGAGUGGCCAACAUGAGGAAGAGCCUCCUAAUCCAGUGCCAGCUGACCGGGAAGCUGCUCCACUCUAACAUGACAGAAGAAGGAGAGAAGACUCUCAUCAACCAGAGCUCAGUGGACUUCUACAUGGACUCCAGCAGCGAGUGUCCCUUCCUCAUCCUGCCUCUGACCUUCUACCACGUCCUGGACAAACACAGUCCUCUGGCUGGACUCACCGCAGAAAACCUCUUGACCAGAGACUUCGAGCUGCUCGUCACGCUCAAUGCCACCAUGGAGUCGACGGCGGCCACGUGUCAGAGUCGGACCUCCUACGUCCCCCAGGAGAUCCUGUGGGGCCACGAGUUCAAGCCGGUGCUGUUCAGCACCAAGGGGGGGCGCUAUGUGGCCGAUUUCAACUUUUUUGACAAAGUGCAGGUGAGCAACGACGCAGCUUUACUCAGCAACACAGAGAAGCUGAAACUGGAGGAUGACUAUAAGAAGGAAUAAAAGACUCAUCAGGAUCUCAUCAUGAAUGCUGUUUGAUGUGAGACUCAGAGUUUCCUCACAGACAUGAACCCUGAUUCAGACACUGCUUUGUGUCACAUGAUGUAAAAGUCUGAUUCCGUUGUCUAUCAGAAAUCACAUUUUCAGACAGACUGGAAACCUGACAUGAAGAUACUUUCUCUGCAUUUACUCAUUUAAUCAUUCUGAUGUUGUUUGUUUGUAGAUAAAUAAUGGAAACAAAGUGAAAUAUGAGUUGAGAGUCACUGUUCAGCCAUAAUGUGCCAUAAUCACUUCUCCAUCAGAGCAAAACACUCUCAUGUGUUUUUAGAAUAAUUUAACAGAUCCUAAUUUAGUUAUCUUCUAACAUAAGGCUUUACAUUGAGGGGCUGAUAACCCUUUUUAUUAUUUUUGGUUGGGGUUUUAAUAAAGGGUCCAAGAUAAGGAGGGUUUGUGUCUGAAACCUACGAGUGACAUUAUUUUUUUACUUUUUUUACCAGAAUAUAGCGGGUGCUUGGUAAAGAUGUCUCCAAAUUACUUUUUUUUUAGUUUCAGUGUUCUGAUAAUUGAAUAUUUAAAUAAAUAUUUUUAUGAAA